AUGGGUGACCAGAUUUCCCCACAACCUCCUGCCAACCGCACGCACUUCCACAUAGCCAUUAUUUGCGCUUUGCCUCGCGAAGCCGAUGCCGUCACCUUGCUUUUCGACCACUUCUGGGAUGACGAGCGUGAUCUUUACGGCCGAGCUGAUGGCGACAUGAAUACUUAUAUCACUGGCCGUAUUGGAGAUCACAAUGUGGUUCUUGCCAUCCUCCCCAGCAUGGGCACAAAUGAUGCAGCUGCUGCGACUGCUAGCUUGCGAUCGAGCUAUAACAACCUUAAACUCGCUGUUCUCGUCGGAAUUUGCGGGGGACUCCCUCGCAUCGCCAACCUCGACGCAUUUCUAGGGGAUGUAGUAGUGAGCAAGGCCAUUAUUCAGUAUGACUAUGGAAGGCAAUAUCCUGGACAUUUUGCAGUGAGGAACAGAGUCGAAGACAGUCUUGGGAGAGCUAGCAAGGAUAUCCGAAGCCUCCUUGCUGUCUUUCAAACAGAGGUGAUGAGAACGCGGCUACGGAGGGACGCCUCGAAGCACUUGAAACAUUUGCAAGAGAAAGCUAAAAUAGAGCGACGGCGAGCAGAUUAUAGAUAUCCAGGGACUGCCCAGGAUACACUAUAUCCCCCGGCAUAUGCUCACAAACAUCGGACAUCGUGUGACUGGUGUACAGCUUCAGACUUUUGUGAUUUAGCUUCUAAGAUGUCGUGUGCCGACGUGGGAUGUGGUUUGGCCGACCGACUUAUAAGAGAACAUUCUGUCGAAGAGGCCAAUUUCAGCCCAGAGAUCUUCAUCGGACGAGUAGGAUCAGGAAACACAAUCAUAAAGAGCGGACAAGACCGCGAUCGAAUCGCCAACGCACACAACAUCAUUGCCUUUGAAACGGAAGGCGCUGGGGCGUGGGAUGAAGUUCCGUGUAUCGUUGUGAAGGGAAUCUGUGAUUAUGCGGACAACCAUAAGAAUGAAGUCUGGGAAGACUUUGCAGCAGCCACUGCUGCAGCUGUCAUGAAGGCUAUUCUCGGGAGGUAUAUAGUCCAUGAUAGGGAUUCGGGAUUCAGCCAGAAUUGA